AAGUUUUAGGUUUCUAGUAGCCUCUACCGGGCUCGGGGGACCUUUGCCGAGCUCAGCUUGCCUCGUCGCCGUCGUCGUCGUCGUCUCGGGGUCUUUCGAGGAGCACGGAGCGACACACCCGCCGGAGGGAGCAAAUCCUCCCUGAGGUUAGCACUUGACAGCCAUGGCGAAACAUCAUCCUGAUCUCAUCAUGUGCCGGAAGCAGCCUGGCAUCGCAAUUGGUCGGUUGUGUGAGAAGUGUGAUGGCAAGUGUGUCAUUUGCGACUCAUAUGUGCGUCCAUGUACACUUGUCCGGGUCUGCGAUGAGUGCAACUAUGGCUCUUUCCAGGGAAGAUGUGUCAUUUGCGGUGGAGUUGGCAUCUCAGAUGCGUACUACUGCAAGGAGUGUACACAGCAGGAGAAGGACCGAGAUGGAUGUCCCAAGAUCGUCAAUCUAGGAAGCGCAAAGACUGAUCUCUUCUAUGAGCGUAAGAAGUAUGGUUUUAAGAAGAGAUGAACAGGAUGGAUUUGUCAGGUCCUUUCGGUCUCAUUCUGCAAUGUUGCACUGAUACUAAGAGUAGGUUCCUGUGGCAACGGCAUUGUAUCCGUGUUAUGAUAUUACAUCCAUGGUAUGCUCUGUGAUAACUGUUUCUAUCAUGUGAUCUAAAAUUCUCAAGAGUCUAGACUGUUUAUGCAGUAUGCAGUUGAUGUGAUUGACUGAGUCUGUUGACUCGAAAUUUGAACUGAGAUGGCCUUUUCUAUGAUAUUUAAAUGCAUGGACUGUUUUAACGGCCUGAUAUGGUUGUCAUCUGAAAAUACAUGCUGGCUCGUGUGACGUGGUGAAGGCAUGCCAGAACUAUCUUACAGCGUAACAUCAAGCGUUUGUGAGUCAAGAAAAUCCUCCAGUGAACUUGUUGCUUAUCACUCUGACGCAUCAGAAUACAGUUAGAUCUUCCUCUUAGUAGAGUUUUUUUUGCUACUGCGUCGCUGGUCAUGAUGUGGCAUGGCAAUGUCGCUGUGCUGCCCCAUACGUCAUUGCGCCGUCAUAUUUGCUGCCAUUUUCUCUUAUACAAGACCAUAGUGGAUGUAGCUCACAGCAAUACGGUGCUUGUUUUAUGGGAUUUCGGAGAGAAUAUCCAACAGCAAGAGCAUGAAGCGCACCACACAUUUCUGAAUAUCAGAGUGCUACAUACUGCAGCCAUACACUGCAGAAUUUCAUUGCUACAUUGCAAUUGCAUCAGCACUCAUAGAAGCAAGCAUGAAACACAUCGCACACUUAUCAAAAUUUCACUACUCUUUAAGUUCUCAUUAUCAAAAGAUAUCUUCUGCAUCAAUGUCUCACACACUAGAAACCUGCAGUAUGAAGAACAUUUGAGAUGGUGAAUGCAAGCGGAGAAAGGCGCUGUCUUCUUCUGGAAUGGUCGCCUUCCUCACCGCAAUGAGGCACUGUGUUUUUGGUGCUAGGAAAUGAGAAGGCAUGCUGUUUUUUGGCACCAGAAAUUGAGAAGGCGACAGGACGGAUAAGGAUUUGCCACCUAGUCUGAUCUGUUGCAUGCUACUUUGUCGCACAGCAGCUGAUUGCCCCCCUUGAGGCGCUGGUAGGGGUCGUCUCCCCAGGGCAGGAGCUUUCAAAUCUUGGACCUCAAUCUAAUACAAAUUGUUAGAUUUGCCCAAGAUCAAUCAUAUGAAGAAACAAACCACAUAAGCGAAGUUCUCCCGCGAUACGAAAAAAGACCAAAGAAACUGGAUCAAGAACUCUGCCAUGCUAGCGAAAUCGGGUCGAAAACUCUGACAGCACCGUCACCACAGAAAAACAGAAGGUUUCGAUGGGAGGUUUUUGUGUCACAACAACUCUCCAAUUUUGAGACCACUUAAUUGCUUUAUACAGAAGCUCAACAAGCUCGACACCGUGCCCAACACGACUUUUCAGUUUACAAAUCAGACUCUGAAACGCAAUCCUACUGCAUUACGACUUGACACCGUAUGCGACACGACCAGGUGAUCAUAUUAUACUUUUGAUGAUUCCUUUACAAACACAAAUUAAGAUACCAACGCAUGUGUACAAACUAAUUAGGAAGAUUACUCCAACAUCAAAAUCCAUCAAAAUCAUUGAAAGCAACUUGCUAGGUUAUGUUAAUAGAUGAAAGAUGCCCCAGAAUAAAAAAAUCUAAUCUGGAGCAGAAACAUCUCCGACCGAGCACUCUAGAUAAGAUUCAACUGCCUGACAUUAAAAAGCUUGUAUCAAUAGCUAAUGCAAUUGAGACAGAGGGAUCAGAAACGUCUUCACAGUGUUUCGGUGUUCUUGCCUUGAUGGUGAGGUCCAGUCCAAAAACAUAGAUCAGCACUGCAUAGUUGCCUGGCAUUUUGUAGCUCCAGUCCAAAACAUAUAUCAGAGCACCUUGUGGUCGAUUAGUUCGAGGAAUCAUCGGCAUCUUUCUUGUAACAGCAGUUUAACGCUUGUUUUCGGCUGGAUCGAUUCCAACAAAUUUCUUAUGGCAAGUUGCAAUGUUUAAUUCUAAUUGUGUCGGUUGACAUGGUAGGCACCCUUGAUCCAUCCUGCAUUUGCAAUGAAGAUCUUAUAUAAUAGCCUUUGGCAUGAGCAACUAAGCACUAGUGGUAGAUGAAGAUGGAGUCGCCAUUAACCGGCGGUGAGAGCAGAUGGUUGCAUGUAACAACGACGCCGGUUCCUGUCAGGAACGUGCAGGAUCUGGUGGCGUCCUCCAAGGAGUUGACGGCUGCGACGAUGGAACGGUACAUCCGACCGGACAUCGACCGUGAUCUAGUCCUACCCGAGCACUCUGCUGAGAUUAUCCCGGUGAUUGACCUUGCUAAGCUCCUGAAUCCUCAUUCUGAGGCACUGGAGCUAGACAAGCUGAGAUUCGCCUGUGAAGACUGGGGUUUCUUUCAGGUCAUAAAUCACGGGUUACCAAACAAGGUCAUCGCGGCUACAAAACAUGACAUUGAGGAUUUCUUCCAGCUUCCUCUUGACGUGAAGAAUGAUCAUGCGCAGCGCCCAGGAGAAAUCCAAGGCUAUGGCCAGGCAUUUGUUGUGUCUAAUGAUCAAAAGCUUGACUGGGCCGACAUGUUAGGCCUUUUCGCUCAGCCUCCUCAGGCCCGUGAUAUGAGCUAUUGGCCAAAACAACCUCAUACUUUUAGGAAUUCCAUCGAAGAGUACUCUUCCGAGUUGCUGCAAUUUUCCCACUAUAUCGAAACCUUCAUUGCGAAGACACUUAAUGUUGAUCAUGAGUUGAUGAGGGGUAAUUGUGAGGUUCAAACUCUAAGGAUGACCUACUACCCUCCUUGCAUGUCAAUGUCCAACAAGGUUUUAGGCUUCUCACCACAUUCUGAUGGAUCUUUCAUAACCAUCCUCUUAGAAGUUAAUUCAGUCCAAGGCCUACAAAUCAGAAGGCAUGAUGUUUGGGUUCCCGUGAAACCACAUCCUAAAGCAUUACUGGUGAACGUAGGCGAUCUUCUAGAGAUUAUGACGAACGGAAAGUAUAAGAGUGUUGAGCAUAGGGUUACCAUAAAUGCUCAUAAGGAAAGGUUAUCCAUAUCUGCAUUUCACGUUCCAAAGUUUGAAGCCAUAGUUUCACCGAUUCCGGACAUCGUAGAAGGGAAGGUGCUAUACAAAACGGUGAGAGUAGAAGAGUAUGCAAAACUGUAUCUGUCAAACGAACUUGAUGGAAAGAAAGCCUUGGACUUUGCCAAGAUAUCCCCAACAUAAGGAACAUUGCCUCUACAUUGUUUGGGGAGUA